UCUACAAUUGCAUGUUUCGUUACUUUUACUGCCUAAAUGUUAUUCGCGAGUGUAAUAAUUGAUUAAUUAAUUACCCGGUUCGUUCAUAACUUCACCAAAAAAGAUGAGUGUUUCAAUAUCUCCAAAAUACAAGUGUGUAAUUUUUCCUCGAGACAAAGGAUGUCUUAAAAGCAUCGACGGUGUGCCAUCCAAGUGGAUUUUUUACGAUCCUAGCAUUGACAAGUUAUUCUCAUUUUACCCUGACAUAGAUAUUAAUGAUCGUAAGAAAUACGAAGAAUUUCAACAAAUGGUAAAAAAUAAUGAAGGUCCCAACAAAUCUUGGCCUGUUCAUGAGGUCGAAAUCCGUGGAGUAGCAGAUACUUAUGAUGAACUUGAGGAGAAGUUAAGGAUCCUAGGCCAGAAAAGCUUUGCUUUCUCAUCAGACACCGAUGUUUUUCCCAAAGAGAGGGGACUUCUUGAAAGAGAAAAAUAUAAAUGCCGAACAGUGAAAAAUAAUGCGGCGGAAAUGUCCCAAUUGUUUGAGGAUGCACGACAGAGUCUCAAGAAGCAAAAAAGUUCAUCAAGAGUCCAAUGCAAGGAUGCUGCUAUACGUAAAACUCUAUCAAAGCAGCAAAAUAGCAACGAUUUUAUGCAUAAAUCUGAUGCAGAAAAAUCUGUUUCAUCUGCUGAUGGGAGCACAACGUUGUUUUCGGUCUCCCCAACAACACCUCAAUUAAAUAAAACGUCAAAACGUCGAUCAACAAUCUUAAAUACUUCUUCAGAGACAUCUCCCCAGCUUCCACAAAAAAAAAAAAAAAAAGGUGAGAAUCUCGAACGUCAUGAGUCUAAAAAAUUAACAGCGAUGCGUGAAGCCCCAAAGCAUGUUGAAGUGAACGCAAUCAUUGUUCGAUCGGAAAUAAAUCGAAAACAUCAACCUGAGGAUGCGAUCGUCCUGGGACCUUCCAGAGAUCGAAGAGAUGGUGAACAAUGGCUAACUACUCCACAGAUGAUUCACGAAUCCUCAGAAGCUUUGAAUACUUCAACUCAAGCUCUAUCUAUGAGCUCUUCAAUUUCGCCCCACUUUUCACUUUUGACAUCCCCAAAGCCGAUAGGCAGUUCUAGUCCAAGAUCGCCGCUGAAGGAUGUCGGCAAUAGAGUCACAAUGCGAAAGUUUAAGAGUUCAGGCAUCAAUCUUACAAAGCCAAGACAAUCACCAGCCUCGUUCUCCAGACCUAUUAAAGAUUUAGAUGAUGAUGGAUUGGAAGAUGAAAAAAAAGAUUUGAAGGAAAUCAUGAUCAUGUGUUGCCGACAAGUGCGUAUGAAUGGACACAAAAUAGAUCGUCUGAAGGGUCAAUUUGUAGAGAUGAAAAAUGAAAUAACUCAUCUAAGAAGUGCCCCCCAUCCAAGCCAAUUAAUCGAUGGAUUUGGUACAGAAUCAGAAGGAGAUGAGGCCAGAGAUGGAUUCAAACUACCGUGUAAGACACUGGAAGAAUUGAGAGCUUUUGACAAGCAAUUGGAAGAGGAUAAGUCUUACAGGAAAAAAAUUUGCAUGAGGGUGCAUAAGUACAUCAAUAAAGGGCUUUCACUCUCUCGAAAUUUGGGCGUAGUCCUUCGCAAAUUUCUCACACAACAAGUGGGAAAUAAGAUGACCCCUUUGAAGAAGGUGCAGGGUAAAGAGCUGUUCAAGAAUCUGAAAUUUUAUGGUUGUCUUAUUGCUGUUUUUGGUUUAAAUUUUGGAUCUAAAAAAGAACCUUUGGAACGUAAGACUUUCAAUGCUGCAUUAAGUGGGGCUUUGAACAAUUCUGGAGACUGGGAUGGUGGACGAUCUCGUCGAGCUAAACGCACUAAGUUGAAGGAACCAAUCAAUCCAGAGUAUGGCGACGCAUUCAUGGCAGAGAUAUUAGCAGAAAAUGAGAUUGUUACAAACAGUCGAAGAGACGAAAGAAAUGAGGACUAGCUUUAUGGAAAAAAAACAACUGAAUUCGUCUAGGAAAGCCAUUUUAUUCAUUAAUGGUAGAAAUUAAUGUUAUUGAUGUUGAUGUUAGAAAAAGUUUAAAAAAGAUUACGUUUUUAUUUUU